GUAAGCUGGAAAAAUACAAAACAUAAAAUUCAGUUUGACAUUUCCAUUGAACCAUAAAAAAGCAACAACUUGUAAACUGUACACAAAGCAUAAUUAUCUCCGUUUGGUACGCUCUCACUCUCUCUCACCUUCUCUUUGCUAUGCUCUCUCACAAUCAGCAAUGAUGGUUAUGUCGAUGGUGAGCCACACGCAAAGCUCCAUUCCUUAGGCUGCUCUCGAGUGAAUCGGACGUAAAAACAUCUCGCAUCAAGGUUCCAGCCAGUCCACUGAGUGCUUGUGUGUGUGAGUGUGAAAGCUAGGAAGAAAAAGUUUUUCCCGUGGAAAAUUUUGCUUCGAAAACGGUUUCUAGCAAGGCUGUUAGUACGUGCUCGGUGCAUCGGAGCGAUACUAAGUAAACGUUUUAGAAAUAGAACCAAAAACUAUGCCAGCCUCCUGGCAGUGUGACCAUACGGUAGGCUCCGAAGGAGUUGCCAGCUGCUACACGACCCUGCCACAACUGUUCGCUUGAGCUGGCCAAACCAUUGAAAGUGGCUUGAAAAAAAUCCGUGAAACGUAUCGUGGAGUGAUUUUCAAUAACCCCGUGUCCGGAUAAAAGCAGCUGGAUACAAAAGGUCCAACAGGCAGUGAGGCAGGCGAACAGGCAGGUGAACAGUGAGGAGGAGCAACAGCUUCCUAGUGUCUUCUUCCUUGUCAUAGGACCACUCGUAGGAGCUGCAGCAACAGCAGCAGCAGCAAACUGGUGAUCAAACAGUCGAGUGACCAACCAGCCAGCCAGCUAACCAGCCCACAAGCCCCCAAUAGUCUCCACCUGCUCGUUACCUUCAUCACUACCGCCUUGUUCCCUCUGCACCUGUAGAAGCACACCCACAUUAACACACACACACAUCAAACGAGCCCUACGCGUGAACCAACCCCGUCCGGUCCACCACCACCACCACCACCAACACUUUCCUGCGGAACCCGUACGAUAGAAAGCUCGACAAGAUUGCAACAGCAAUUGAAAUCACAGCUAUGCCUGAAGUGUUGCCACUUUCUGGCAUGGCUGACGCCGAGCCGGACCUCUCGACGUUCGAGAACAAGUCCGGCCUGGCGGAGGACAUGAAGUUCCUCGCCUCGAUGCCGGAGCUGUGCGACGUCACGUUUCUGGUGGGCGAAACGCGCGAACCCGUCUGCGCCGUCAAGGCGGUGCUGGCGGCCCGUUCGCGCGUCUUCCAGAAGAUGCUCUACCAGGCACCGUCGCCCCAGCGCAAGAAGGAACCACCGCCGCGCGAGAACAAGCUCCGUCUGUUCCUGAAGCGCUCGUCCGAACCGUUGUUGAAUCUGCAGAAUGCCGCCCAGCAGCCUGCCGGGCAGCAGCACCAAACGCUGAUCAUCGAGGAGUUCGAACCGGACGUGUUCCGGCAGCUGAUCGAGUACAUUCACACCGGCUGCGUUACGCUGCAGCCCCGCACACUGCUCGGCGUCAUGAAUGCGGCCGAUUACUACGGGCUGGAGGAGCUGCGCCGCGCUUGCGGUGGGUUCGUGCAGUGCUGCAUCAACGUCGACACGGUGUGCGCCCUGCUGGCGUCGGCCGAACGCUACAUCCAGUACAAGUGCACCAAGAGUCUGGUCCAGAAGGUGCUCGAGUUUGUGGACGAGCACGGCAAUGAGGUGCUGAACCUGGGCAGCUUCACGCUACUGCCCCAGCACGUCGUCCGGCUAAUACUGGCCCGGGAGGAGCUACGGGCCGACGAGUUCACCAAGUUCCAGGCGGCCCUGAUGUGGAGCAAGAAGUACUGCGACUCGAACCAGAACACCCCGCUAAAGGAGGUGAUCGGGAACUUCCUGGAGUACAUACAGUUCCACAAGAUCCCGGCCAAUGUGCUGAUGCGCGAGGUGCAUCCGCUCGGGCUCGUACCGUACUCGAUCAUCAUGAACGCGCUGGCAUACCAGGCAGACCCAGCAAGUGUGGACCCCGGAAAGCUCUCCCCCAACUCCAGCCGACAUCAUCACCAUCACCACCACCAUUCCCGGUCGUUGCCCAAGAUCCGGAAGGCGAAAUCCCAGAGCUUCCGGACACGGCGUAGUCCCUCGGAACGUUCCAGCUCCAAGGGAGGGCACGUAUCGCCCUGGAACUUUAGUGCGGCCACCACUAGCGGUGGUAGCGGUGGUAGUACUAGCAACAACAACAACAACAACAACAGUGGUAGCCGAAGUCCUGCUGGAACGCACCAGCAGGCACCCUCGGUACCGUCGAUGUCCAGAUCGCCGAUGGGCAGCCAAACCCAUCUGGAGCACCGCAGCUCGAUCGGUUCGGCCAAAAGUCCGUGUCUGUCGCGGCAGGGCACACUGCGAUCGUCCCAUCGCCGGAAGAGCAGUCUCGGUGCGUCGCUUAACCUCAGCCAGGGUCGUCGAUCACCGUCGGGGAUGCUGAACGAUCGAAGCCCGUCGGCUAGCCGGCCCAAGAGUCCGAAUCUGCUGAUCACGGAUCAGAUGUACGCUUCGAGCUUCGAUCGUCGCUCACCGACGGCAAUGUCCUUUUCGGGGCGCCGUUCGCCCUCCGGUUUGCGAUCACCGUCGGGGUUACGAUCACCGUCGGGGUUACGGUCACCAUCGGGCCGGCGGAGUCCGCUCGGUUUUAACCUUCAGUCGGAAUACUCGGAGCUACUGCAGAGCCAGCAGGAACGCUGCAGUCCGAACUCACUCAGUAGCCACCAGUCGUACCAGGAUCGGAGGACGAGUCCCACUGCGAUGCAUUUACCACCGGAGCGUAGCCGUAGUCCGGUCGGUGGUGGUGGUGGUAGCGGUUCUGGCUUCGGUCUUCCUCUCUCACGAUCGACACGUACUAGCCCCACGACACUCGGUAACAUCCCACCGAUCACCAUCUCGAAUCCCUCGGAAACGUACGAGAUCGUACAGAAAUCGAUCGAAACUGGACACUACCCUCAUCAUCAUCAUCAUCAUCACCAUCAUCAUCAUCAUCAGGGGCAGCAAUCGUCCUCGUCCCGGAGUCCCAAAAGCCCCAAGAGUCCACUUGGACAUGGUCCGGACCUGGCUGCUGGACUGGUGUCGAACGGUGCGCAAGCGUCCGGCGGUUCGGGGUCUGCCGGUGGUGCCGGUACACCCACUACCGCCCCCGAAAGCAAGAAAGAAAAGACGAGCGUCAUGAAGGAGAUACUGGCGUUCGUCCGGAAACCAUCGUCGAAGAAGAUGACGACGAGGACGAGCAAAUUUACGGCGGCUUUUACACGCACCGAAUCGACAACCGGGGCGCCACUCCUGCGCCAGAGUACGUUCUCCAGUAUUCAGAAUUCGUCGAGCUGCGCGGGGCGGAACGCGAUCACGAAGCAGAUGUCGGAGAUUGCGUUCGAACCGAUCAUGUCGUCGCUCAAGUGGAAGAACGUUGGUUCGAAGAUUUCACUCAAAUCACUCAAGAAGCUAUCGCAGGGUGUGAACGUUGGUAUUGGGUCCGGUGGUGGUGGUGGUGGUGAGCAGACAGCUGCUAGUGGUGGUGGUGCAUCCGAUAAGCGUUCGCGUGAUAAGCGAUCGAGUGGUGAUGAGAUCAGCGAUGUGGAGAGUAGUGAUGGUGCGGUCGGAGGUAGCUCGGGGUUGCAGAAUGUCAACGGGGCCGCCACAUCCGGCCAUUCGAUGCAGGCCAGUGGAAUGGAGGGAUGCGCCUUCGAGGUACUGGAGAGUGUUCACUUUGAGAAGGUCGGCGAAGCGUACAUCAAGCACGAUCAGAUCCGUGAGGAAGAGAGUCCCCGCGGUUCGCAGGAUAGUGCGGAUGCGAGUGAUGGUGAGGCGGCUGCGAUGGCCUCACUAGGCGAUGGCCGCCUGAAGGUCAGUGCGGUAAGCGAAAUCAAGAAAUCACUGGAGGCACUGUUCACACGCCAGGAACCGAUCGAUGAGGCUGGUGAAGACGGUGGCAGUGGUGCUGCGGCGCGAGGUGGACGCCCCGAACCGGACGCGAUCCAGUGUCCAACGUUCGAGAUUGAACCACCAUCGAGGCGCGCUUCGUUUGAUCCACCGCGAUCACCGUUUCUGGAGAAUCUGCGCAGCUUGAGCGAUACCGAUCACGAGGGUACGCACCAUAGCCGGUUGGAUUCGGGUGGCGAUAGCUUCGAGAUGAUCGAUACGACCGAUCGGAUGCCGGGUUCGAGUGUGUCCGGUGAUCGGCACUCGUCGAUGGAUACGAGCUUCGAUAUCUCGCGCUAUCAGUCGACGAGUUAUGAGGAUCAGAACUCCAGUUUCGAGCUCGUCGAGCUGGAUAACUCGCAGCGCGGUGAGAAGGCGCUCUCACCGUACGACAUCCGCAAGUCCUCGAUCGAGCUCGUCGAUGCGGAAACGUUCCAGCGGACGACGUACCCGGAGGGUCGCAAAUCAUCGCUGGAGACGCACUUCGAUCUAGCGGACAGUUACCAUCAGCCGGCGCACCCACGGUCGACGAGCCCGCGGUCGGCGUUUUCCGUCAUAUCGGGAACGCGGGCACCGACAAGGAAGCAGAUAUCGGAACCCGGUCGUUGCCGUGAUUCCUUGGGUCGCUCUUCCGGACCUCCUGGUGGUGCUGGUGCUGGUACGGGUAGUGUAGUCGGUGGUACGUCCGGUCUCGCUACCGGGAGUGGCAUGAAGACGCAUCACUCCGCACCGCACCGUGCCAAGUCGCCGCUUUCCAAUCAGACUUCCUCGAACUUUAGCUCGCGCGAUAGCUACGAUUCGAUCUUCGAGACGACACCACCGCAGCACUAUCAUCACCAUUACCACCACCACCAUCAACAACAACAGCAGCAGCACCAUCACUACGUACAGGCGAGUGCUGGUGGUGGUAGUCCGCUCCAGCGCAGUCCUUACUCGUCGAUCGAUGGAAAGCAGCAUUUUCCGCUGCCACCGCCGCGCAAAUCUUCGAACGAAUCCAAUCCACGCUUCCUCUGCACCGACAAGCGCUGUGCGGCCAUCUUCGAGCCACGGCCAUUACCACCGGCACCGAUGGGAGUGCCAAUGGCGGCGGCUGCUGCGUCAUCGUCCUCCGGUGGUCGAUUGUCUUCCUGCUAUCUCGACACGUCCAGCGGGAGCGAGUUCGAGCCACCGUCACCGAGACGGGCCGCCAGUGCCUCACCCAAGCACACCUUCACCUUUCGGAUCGUGCUGAAGAAGGUGGACAGCUCACCGGACGCCAUCUGUCCGUCGAUCGAACGGCGUCAGCUGCGGGAGAAGGCCGAAAGCCGACACAAGAGGCGCGACAGUCGACGGAAGAAGUUGCUCGAGAUUGGCAAAAGUUUCUAAAACUGCGAGCGAGGUUUUACUCAACCCCCAAAAAAAAGGGGGGUUACUAGAUCGGCCGUUUUCACAGUACGUCAGAUACGUCAUCGACGUGUGACAGUUUGCCCAAAACCGCGGUUUUUUCGGAUACCUACUAGAUGUGUCGUUUGCGUCACGGUUCGCAUUCACGUUUCGGGGAUUAGGUAGUUUAAGGUUUGCAUUUUUCAGUAAAAAAAAAAACCACACGUAGUGUGACUUAUACAUUUACACGUUAACCACCUAACCACGUACCCGUGACCUACAUGAAAGCGAAGGAAGUGAUUGGUGCCGGGUCCGGGCAGCCACUUCCUCUCCAAACUAAACAAAACUCGUGUUCAAAUAUAUCAAUUGUUGAUGAGACUUAGCAUGUUACUGUUGCCCGUUGUUGCAAACCAAAGCAGAGGCAAAACCCGGGGAACUUGAUCAGCCGCAUGAUCUUGAACCCGGAUAAACUACUCCUCACGUCAAACGUGGCGCGAUAUCUCUCAUUCUCUCAGGUAUACUAAGGAAUCACUUAUAAGCAGCAGAGGCGCAGAUGAGGAGCGUUAUAGAGUGUUCCUCCAGCGGCGCAACAUUUCCUUACGCAACGCAGUAUACAGUGGAACAAUGGAGGAAAGCGACAAGACGGCAGCUGCGCCACUCACUCAGCGCCGUCGAAUCGAAUGGAAUCAAAAUCCUUUUGGUCCCUUGGACGAUGCAAAUUCAAUUACAAAAAAAAAAUGCAUUUAGUAGUAUUACUCCCCCCAUUCUCCCUUAGCUCCCCUUCUGCGAGCGAUGGCAGUAGCACACCAGAGUGCACUGGCUUGCCUGUGUGUGGUCAGAGCGGCUGUGCUUCUUGCAAGAAAGUCAGUCAGCCUACCAUAUUCACCACACCAUACCGCAGCUUGCUGUGGUUUUUGGGUCAAACGUUUUCCAAUUUACAACCUACGAAUCGAAUCGAGGCCAGAGGGCGCCUUCGAUGGCAGUUAAUCAAAGUCAAAGGAUUUCAAUCAUUGUAUCCAGAGUACUUUUAAUGUAGCAAAUGUUACCGGUUUUUUGCCAAAGCAAAUUCAUUCACUCACAAUUAAACAAAUCGUUAAACCAUACACACACACUCGUGAACUUACUAGUCAAAAAGGUGUUUUUGUGCACGAAUUUCUCGCUCCCCACCAGGCCGGUUGGAUCUCGCACGCUGUUAUACGCGUGAUAAAAGUUAAUACUUAAUAACGGACGACACAGUCGGUCGUU